GUUUGAGGAAGGACAUGGAGACAAUUACUUAGCUUAUCUCCCACCCUGCAAAAAAGGAAACCUUUCCCCCUCCCCACACCCUUGUUAAUUCAGCCACUAGCCAGGACAGGAGCUCAUUCCCGAUGCUGAAGUGAAGAUCAGAGUUUCUCCUCAGAGGGACCAGGCAAUUCCUAUCUGCUCUGCCAGGGAGGGGGUCCUACUUUGUGAACCAGAGGCUUCAUCUUCUGAGCCGCAUUCCGGAUGCAGUGACAACUUCUAGGAACUUUAAGGUUUUCCCUGUUUGCAAGUGAAGAUGCCUCGUCCUGGGAGAAACACCUACAGCGACCAGAAGCCUCCUUAUUCCUACAUUUCCCUGACCGCCAUGGCCAUCCAGAGCUCACAGGAGAAGAUGCUGCCCCUCAGUGAGAUCUACAAGUUCAUCAUGGACCGCUUCCCCUACUACAGAGAGAACACCCAGAGGUGGCAAAACUCUCUGAGGCACAACUUGUCUUUCAACGACUGUUUCAUCAAAAUCCCAAGGAGACCUGAUCAGCCUGGAAAGGGCAGUUUCUGGGCGCUGCAUCCCAGCUGUGGGGAUAUGUUCGAAAACGGCAGUUUCUUGAGGCGCAGGAAGAGGUUCAAGGUGAUGAAAUCGGACCAUCUGGCCCCCAGCAAAGCCUCGGAUGCCGCCCAAUACCUGCAGCAACAAGCCAAGAUAAGACUGAGCGCCCUAGCGGCCUCUGGUACUCACCUGCCCCAGAUGUCCACCUACAAUCUAGGGGUAUCUCAGACUUCCAGCUUUAAGCACCCCUUUGCCAUUGAGAACAUUAUCGCCAGAGAGUAUAAAAUGCCAGGAGGACUUGCCUUUUCCACCAUGCAGCCCAUGCCAGCCGCCUACCCUCUCCAUAACCCAUUGACUACUGUUGGGAGUUCCAUUGGCACAGGCUGGCCCCACAUGUACAGCUCCACCAUGCUGGACUCAACCACCCCCAUAUCAAUGGCCAACAGCGACUACAGUGUCAGCGCCUAUGGAGUACCUAUCAAACCUAUAUGCCAUGGGGCACAAACCUUACCGGCCAUCCCAGUCCCAAUAAAACCAACGCCAGCAUCUUUGCCAGUGCUACCAGCCCUCCCAACACAUAUCCCAGCUAUCCUAUCGAACUCCUCUCCAUCCCUGAGUCCAACCUCUCCACAGACAGCCACAAGCCAAAGCAGUCCUGCUACUCCCAGCGACCUUCUCACCAACCCCCCCACCGCCCUGCUCUCUGUGGCCGUGCACUGACCCACCUGCUGACACUCUACUCAUCGCAUAGUCUUGCUGCCCACUUGCUUGUUGGCUGAGAGAAACUCUUGACUUCAGGACAGAGCUUUCACUCUUGGGCAAGUCUUGUCUAUUUAAAGCGUCAUUCUAUUAAAAUGUGUUCAAGAAGAAAAGCAGGAAUUCCCAUAGUGAAAUGUAAUAUCUUUCCAAACCUGUGGAAGAAUGAAACCUGAAGAUUAGGAUAACCACUGAACUAUAGAAUUAGUGAUGCCUGCAAUGAACUGCCUCUUAUCAAUAUAGUUACACAUAUUUGUAACAUUUUAUCAAUCUAGUUACACAUAUUUGUUACAUCUUAUCAAUAUAGUUAGACACACACACACACACUUGUUACAAUAAUAUCAAAGGUCUCUUUAGACCAAAUCGACAUUCUUUUGUCAUUUUGUGAUUUGCACAUGAUAUACAUUGAGUGUUUUCUCUGCAGUACACCUAUACUGCACAAGUCGGUCGGUUCUAUAGCUAGUAUAUAUGGACAACAAUUAGGAGGAAUAAAAGAUACAACAAAUUCACAUUACCUGCCCAUGUGUAAAUACUGAGCCCCACAUUGUGCUCUAUGUAGCAUUGGUUAUCAUGUGUAAAGCUGAUACGCGCCGAUACAAUUAUAUUUAUUAUUAAGGACAGGAGCAGUCAGGCAUUUAGCUGAAUAGCUGUAAUAUUGCUCCUGUGAGGCACCUGUAAAUGUUUGUGAAUACGAAAGGAUAUACGUUGUGUACAAUGCACUUUUAUUUGGACCCCCCACCUGUUUUCUCUGCUAACUCAGAUGUUUUUUCUGGAAGCUGAAAGUCGCUCCUUUGCUGUGUGUGCUGGACUGUCUCAUUCUAAGUGAUUCUGCUGUCACUGAAUUGUAAAGUAAUGACCCUUGCGAUUGCUUCUUGUACAGGCAGCAUGGCAUCUCCAGUGUUGUGUUCCCUCCGCAGCAUGUGUGUACUGUAACAGGCCCAUGUACAAAGACAAUUGUGUUAAAUUAUGAUAAUAAUUGUGCAAAUAAUAUUUUCUCAUUAAAAUGUCGAAAAAUA